AUGGGACGAGACCGGCGCGCCGUAACGCACGCCGAUAUCUCAAUUGAACUUCAACUGAACCACUAUCGUCAUAACGCCGCGCCGGCGCCGGCGCCUGCCACUGACCGAGGCAGACGAAGCCACGGCGCCGGCAGGGCCCAAAAACGCAUUUCCGUUGUUUCCUCACGAUGUCAUGAUAUCGGAACCAUGUUAUUCCGGGCCGGGCCGGGCCGGGCUGGCUGCGAAGCCAAAGCUGCCGCCGCUCGUGAUGCCGUUGACGGGCCCAAGCAGCCCUCCCCGCCCCCACCCGCGGCGCCGCCUUUGCCGCCCGCUGCCGUGGCCACCUCGUGAUACCUCUCGGCCGUCUUCGUCUGCAGUCUUCUGCCCGUGGCCGCGGGCCCGCGAUGUGGCUAUUGGAGGCGCGUUGAGAGGCGUGGCCGUGAUGUUGCCGGUCGUGCUGCUGUGUGGUGUUUUGCGUGGGCUGCAAUGGGCUGCCGUGGGCGGCCCGCGCCUGCGCGCGCACCUUGUUCGUGUGGGGGUGGGGCGCGGGCCCAGAAAAAAAG